AUGUGGUACGAAGUCAGUGUGUCAGGGUGUGUCUGUGUGGAGCCCCGGUACUUCCAGCUGCAGACGGACCACACCCCCGUUCACCUGGCCCUGUUAGACGAGAUCAGCACCUGCCACCAGCUCCUGCACCCUCAGGUCCUGCAGCUGCUGGUCAAGCUGUUUGAGACUGAGCACUCACAGCUGGAUGUCAUGGAGCAGCUGGAGCUGAAGAAGACCCUGUUGGACCGCAUGGUGCACCUGCUGAGCCGUGGCUACGUGCUGCCGGUGGUCGGCUACAUGCGCAAGUGCCUGGAGAAGCUCAACACGGACAUUUCGCUCAUACGAUACUUCGUCACCGAGGUCCUGGACGUGAUUGCACCUCCUUACACCUCGGACUUCGUGCAGCUCUUCCUGCCCAUCCUGGAGAACGACAGCAUCGCGGGCACCAUCCGCGCAGAGGGAGAGCACGACCCCGUGGCAGAGUUCAUCGCUCACUGUAAAUCCAACUUCAUCAUGAUGAACUGAGACCUGGGGGGCGGAGCUCGUCUGUGGGGCUGGCGGGGGACGAGCCCCCUCUCCCCACCUCUCACAAGCCCCCACCGGCAGCCCCCCACAACUGCUGUGGGGGCUGGAGGACCAGGGGGUGAGAGGCAGGCUGGAUGCAAGACCCUGUACAUAAGACUGCAUUACACAGCCCAGCCAUGCUGAAAUGAGGCUCCCACACUGAGCUCGUGGGAAUGAGGCCCAAACGCAUUUCGGAUGAGGCGUCAGGGCCUCGGCCUUCUCACGAACAUCCUGUACGAGCAGAGAUAUCGGGUUACCAUGGUUACCCUGGCGCUGCUCUUAUGACUGACGCUGCAGACAGUACAGACGGAAGAAAAGCCUAACAGCUGGUCGAGAACAUCAAUCUUUUUUUUUUUUUUCCCUCCUUCCUUUUUUUAAAAAACAUAAAUAUUGUGUUGUAACAGGCUGUGCAUCAACGUUGUUCAGUGCAUAAAUACAUACCUGUUCUAACACACAGA